GGAGGCGGGGCCAUAAUGACUUCACCUUGGAAGCAACACGACAUUGAUGCUAAGUCGCGAUGUAGCCUGGAAGUUAGAGGAGAAAUGUUGGACCCUUGUGAGAGAGUGGUGCCCAGAUUUAUUGUUUGCAUCAUGAGACAUCCGUGUGUAUUUGGAUUUAUUUUUGGUUUUUGCACUGUGAUGUUUUGGUGGACCUGCUCUCGUGUUACAUUAGCAACAAGGAAUUUUCCAAUAAAUCAGAUGCAAAUGUUUCCAGUUGGUAGUUAUGUGCAAGACAUUUAUGAUGGCUCACUUGAUUCAUUAGGCAACAUUCUGAAAACCACUGAUCUGAGGUUUGUGGUAUACUAUGCACCAUGGUGUGCUCAGUCCAGAAAAAUAGUGCCUCAAAUGGGUCAAGCUGCAAAAUUUCUUAGUCAGACUGUUGAUUUCAUUGCAAUCAAUUGCUGGGUUGGAAGCUGCAAACAAAAUUUCUCACUUCAUGAAUUCCCAAAGUUCUUUGCAUACCAUACUAAUUAUCCACCAGUUGAAUUUCUGGAGCCUCCUGACGCAUGGAGAAUUGUGAAUUUUCUUCAGAGUAUUCAAAGGCCAUUUCAUUACAUUGGAAAUGAACAAAAAUUACAAGAAAUUUUAUCAUCCAAUGAGGCAAUAAUCAUUGGCUAUUUCAACAUGGAUAGUCAAAAAAACAAACGAUUUCAUGUAUUUUUGGAGUUGUGUGUUGCAAGUGUCAGUAAAGAUUCAAAAACAUUAUUUGGAAUCGUCACAAACAGCAGAGUAGCAACGCUAGUUGGUUUUGAAAAACAAGGACAAAUCGUUUUGCACCAAAUUUUAGGACAGCGGAAUUUUUUUCCAAGCAAUUUGAAUUUCACCGUUGAAACGAUUUUCACUUGGAUCUCCAAGCACCAUAUCGAGUUUGUCACAAAGCUGUCCCCAAGCAUGGCUACAAUGGACCACCAUAUUGCACAUCUAAAACGAGGUCCUGCAUUGCUUUUAUUCUUGUCACAGAAAGGAGGCAGCUCAAAGCGGUCUCCAGAAGUACUCCGAGAGUAUCGCCGUUUAGCUGCAGUUUAUCACAAUUGCAGUGCAGACUCUUUCCUGCCUCCAACCCUGAGUUCGUCUUUCAUCAACACAAGACCUAACCGACGAAAAAAACCUGAGAUGUGUAUCUCUCUUUUUAGACAAUUUAGCAAACAUUUAUGUGACAUCUGCCAGUAUUCCUUAGCAGAUUGUAGGCCUCGUGAACAGAAACUGGCAAGCCUUGAACAUUUAUGGAAUCGUCCAGUGCAUAUAGAAGAUAUUAGCAUAAGAACGAAUUCGUGCCGCUGUCUUCGUCGGCAUUACCAGAACAUUUGCGACUACAACUCAUUAUGCUGUGUUGAAAUUGGUGAUUCAAAAGGCAACUCUGCGACCGAUUUUCUAGAGAAAGUUCAGAUAGAGAGCAAGGAAAGAAAAGAUGCGAUAGCACGGGACCUCAAGAGUUUAAAUGAUAGUUCAAACAGUAAAGUAGCAUUAAAUGAAGGACUGGACACGCUUGUUGAUGCUUUCAAGACAUUACUAGAUGUUGUUUCCGAAAGCAACGAUGAAAUAAUGGCUAAACUGCAGGGAAAUAGCUUUUUCAGUCGUAAACUGUUUCACAAAAACUUUGAAGAAGCAGUAAAGAUCGGUCAACAGGAAUUACGAAAGUUGAGAGCGGAAAUGAAAUCACACGAAGAAGAACGAAAAUAUAGGUUUUCAGAUAUUGUGUCACCGAGGAAUUUUUCAUUUUCUGAUUUCAGAGGAUUGAGAUGUAAAACUAACAGAACAGUUAAUUUCUUUUACUUGGACAUUGAUAGACACGAGAAGAUGGUCAGGGAUCUAGGGAUAUUUGAGAAUGCAUUGCGGCCACGCAUGGUUUUAACUUUGGUUGAUGUAAAGAAUGAAGCUACUUACGUUUUUAACAAGAGCUCUGCCCUGUCUUACAACAACGUUGUAAACUUUAUCACAAAUUAUACAAACGGAAAACUGAAAAGGAUACUGCGAUCGAGUGAUGACAUCAGAGGCUGCCCUGGAGUUGGAGCAUGCAUACAUGAAGUAACGACGAAUUCUUUUGAUGACAUAGUCCUAGAUAACUCUGUUGAUGUUUUUCUAAUGUAUUACGCACCGUGGUGUGGCUUUUGCAAGCAUGCAGCUAAAAGCUUUCUUCAGCUUGCUAGACUGUUUCAAGGAAUAGAUACGCUACGAUUCGCAAGAAUUGAUGCUGAUAAGAAUGACUUGCCUUAUCAUUAUGCUGUGGAUGGUUUUCCUACUUUUAUUCUUUUUCCAGUUGGCAGGAAAUCAUACUCCCGUCCAUACCCUGAUAGCGAACCCAUACGAGUGAACGAAAUGAGAGACUUCUUAACAAAUUAUACAAGCUACAAGACAAGAUCGAGUUUAGAAUCAUUUUUAAGGAAUCUCGUGGUGAAAAUGGCUGCCACACGAGCUUGCUGCAACUUUGCCCGACGUAUGCUGACUACACAGCUCAGUAUAGGCCAAAAAGCAUUAUUUUCCUACAAUCUUAGGCCUAGACAGUUGUGCUCACUUGUAAGUCGAGCACCUCAGAUCGCCUUUGCUACAAAUAAAUGGAAUCAACCGACAAGACUGUAUGGAGACUAUCCUAUCAAAACUGUCGAAGAAUUAAGGGACAUGAGCUUGAGUGUGCUGAAAUUAUUUGAUAAAAUAGACCCUUCGAAGGUUACCCCAGAGGCACAUUUUAUAAAUGAUCUUGGUCUGGAUAGCUUAGAUGUUGUUGAAGUUGUAAUGGCUUUUGAAGAUGAAUUUGGCUGUGAAAUAUCAGAUGAAGAGGCAGAAAAGAUCUUCACAGUGAAUGAUGCUGUUGAGCUGUUGAAGACCAAACUAGGCGUUGAACACUAAAGUUUUUUCAGACAAUUAUCACCAGUUUGCUUAAUUAGAGUGACAAUGCUACAAAAGAAAACAUUAAUGUGAAGGGGCAUGGCUCUUUCCUUUCAUUGUUAUUAGCAAAGUUAAAAGCAAGAUUUUUUCAAUUGAUUCAGUAGCCACAGUAAUUCUGCCAACUAUUGGUACAUUCUAUACCCAAGAAAUGCUUGACCAUGUCUCUCACUUCCUUUGAGACUAUCAACAUGUAAAUUUGCGAUGACUAGAUGAUUGGCUGAGCUUUAUAGCAUGUAUUUCUUGCUCAAAGUUCCUGCACAAUAUUUGGGUCUGUGUUCUAUUGUAUUCUGUUUCCUGGCCUUACCUUCUUUUUAAGGCCUGUUUUUACAGCAUUAGCAAUAGCAUAAUUCCUAUUCCCUUUUGAAAAAUUCUCAUGGCAGCUCAUAUUUUUGUUAGCAUUCCUACAGGUAACUUGCUCAAGGCAAUGAAUAAUCUCCUUAUUUUGAAUAGUGUGGUUCCUAUAAACGUUCUCACAAUUUGUUUGUUACAUUUGUUGAACCUGUACUGAUAUAUUGCAAAUGAAACAUAUUUUACUGUC